AUGGCCACAAUCGAACCCGAUCCCAGGUCUCCGGUCUCCCCAUAUGAAAGCAAAGCGCUUGCCAACAAUGAAAUUCGUCUCCUCAAGAUAGCAUAUAUCGACGGCAUCAUCCAGUUGAAGUCGCGCCGACACGUGCUGGCCCAAGAUCUUGAUUACGAUGCGAUCUCGUAUGUGUGGGGGAGCGCGCCAGCUACUGAGACUGUUCUAUACAACGGCAAACCGCUCAUCAUCACACCGACCGCACUCGAGAUGUUACAUUACCUUCACGGAUACCAAAGAAAUACAAAAAAGAGGAGAAUCUGGAUUGAUGCAAUAUGUAUCAACCAAGACGAUAAGAAAGAGAAGAGUAAUCAGAUAUCCCUGAUGCGCGACAUCUAUGCCUGGACCACAACUGUCAUCGUAUGGAUGGGUCCUUCCACAUUCGAAACCGAUGUCUUCUUCGCAGGAUUCCCAGACGUAAAGAAGAAGGGCGAGUGGUUCAGACGUCUAUGGACAUAUCAGGAGAUCAUCCUUCCUCCCAGAGCGACACUACUUUGUGGUGGCUCUUGGGCGGACUUCGAUGAGUUCGUAGACUUCGUUACGGAAGGAUUUCAUCGUAGCACUUACAUCGGAAAACUGUCUAAUAUAGGAAGAGAUGCAAGAACCAGUACUGCGAACGUCACUUGCAUUUCUAUCCACUUUUAUCGCAGUUUAACCUCUCAACAAGGAUGGGGCACCGUGAUACACUCUCAGAAUGUUGCAAUCAAUCUAUACAGCUUACGUUAUCGACACGUGAAAGAGCCGGUCGAUCGUGUCUGGGCGAUUGUAGGACUUUUAGAGACCGAUUUUCGAGAUGCAAUGACUUCAAAGGUUGACUACAGUGAACGGGGUCGCUUUGAAUACUGGAAGACAUGGAUAAUGUUUACCAAAGCUCUGAUGGACACACCCGGUGGGAUGAGACUAUUGCAAAUUCCGCCUACGCUGGGACCUAGAUCUUCAUACUUGCCAUCCUGGUGCCCAGAUCUUUCCGGAGCAUCAGCAUGCCAUAUGGUGAUUGAUGGGCAGUGGAAUAAUACGACAGAGAGACAAUACGCGAUCAAUCGUUGGGCUUUAUGUGAAGAAAACAGCGAAAUAGAGAGGGCGAAAGUAACAGCAAGAGCUUGGGAAAUCCAGUGUCAUGAUGAAACCUUCAUUGGGACCGUAAGACAUGACGAUUUGCUUCGGAUCCGAGGUUUUGUGCUAGACACCAUUGAAGAGGUUGUUGAACAUACGAAAAUUCUCGACUUUGCAUACGAGCGCUAUGAUAGAGAUUCGGAAGAGCAUACAUUGUUGUAUGAUAUUGCCGUUGGCCACCUCAUGCAAUGUCUAAGUCUAGCUCGCCGUGUCUUUUAUGGGAAGAGCGAAGGCGUAGCCGAUAUACCGGACGAUUUCCUCAUGAUUCACUUUGCGGAUUGCUCUAUCGGCGCGAAAGCGAGAAACGUAUACUGUGAAAUGUUGUCUAAGUUGAUGACUUGGUACUCACCAUCACGCUUUCAGCCUACCUGGGAGCAGAAGCAGUGUCAUCAACGGUGGGUAUAUAGGCGCGGACAUACGUUCUUCAGCACAAAAGGCGGUCGCAUUGGAUUCGCUCACCCUGGAUGCAAACCAGGAGAUCACGUUGCCACAUUCUACAGUGGCCAGCCAUUAUAUAUUCUUCGGCAAUUGACCCCAACGAAGUACGACAUCGACUCGACCGGACAAGCAUCCGAUCACGUUCAGUAUAUGGGCGCUGCCUUCAUCCCUCAUCUCAUGGAGCAAUAUCAAAGAGAUGCAGCGCGCAGGGGACCCGUCACUACGUUCGUCAUUCACUGA